AUGCGGAGGGGCCCCCGCAGGGCUCCCCGGAAGGAUUUCUGGACCCCAGAGUCAUUACAGCCUUCUCAGAGAUACCCCAAGAAACAACCACCUCCCUCCCUCUUCCCCCGAAACCUCACGAAGGGACCAUGCGGUCACCCCGUGGCCAUGCAGGGCCUCGGGGGCGGCGGCCUGCUCUGUGCCUGCGCGGGAGCCGUGCUCCUGGUGGGGGCCACGGCCACAGACCACUGGAUGCAGUACCGGCUGGCGCGGUCCUUCGCCCACCAGGGGCUGUGGCGCUACUGCCUGGGCAGCAGGUGCUUCCUGCAGACAGAGAGCAUCGCCUACUGGAACGCCACCCGAGCCUUCAUGAUCCUGUCCUCGCUGUGCGCCGCCUCAGGCGUCGUCAUGGGCGUCCUGGCCUGGGCUCAGCAACCUACCUUCACCCGCCUCUCCCGGCCCUUCGCCGCGGGCAUCCUGUGUUUUGCCUCCACCUUCUUCGUCCUGCUGGCCUUGGCCAUCUACACGGGGGUCACGGCCGGCUUCCUCGGCCGCCGCUUCGGGGACUGGCGCUUCUCCUGGUCCUACAUCCUGGGCUGGGUGGCCCUGCUCAUGACCUUCUUCGCAGGCGUCUUCUACAUGUGUGCCUGCCACGCGCUCCAGUGCCGGCGCCUGUCCGCUCCCCGCUGA